AUGCCGCCAAAGUCUAAGGAAGGCGUUAUGUUUUCAGGAGCCUGGAUUUCCUGGGCUCAUACAGUGGUGGCAUAUACUGCUUUUCUCGGCGCUUUGGUCACGGGCUUAUACCUCCAUUAUCACAAGAUCGUGGAGAAUGAGUACUAUGGCUACCCGGAUGAAUGGUUUCCUUCGGUCUCUGCCACCAUUGGAGAUAGAUAUCCGGAGCGUUCAGUAUUUCAGAUCUUCAUUGCCAUGACUUCUGGUCCUCGUUUUGCCUUAGUAUUUCUCUGGUAUAUUUUGACAGCACGCCCCGACUCGGUCCUGCCAAUUUUUGUGGCAGGUACCGGCCUGUUCCGUACACUAACGUGCGGUGGAUGGACGUACGUGACUUCUACGGAUGACCAUGGGUGGCACGACGUCUUCAUGAUAUCCUACUUGGUAGCUACAUUGCCCUGGACUUUGGGCUGCAUAGCCCUCAGUCCAAAAGAGAAUUCGAAGGCUUUGAGAUACAGGAAAAUCCUAGCCGGAACAUUUUUCGGGACUUUGGUGCCUCUGAUCUACUUCUUCAUUCAGCACAAAGUUCACAGAGUUGCGGGAGCCUAUACUACUUACGCCUUUUUUGAAUGGGCUCUUAUACUCCUGGAUGUAGGAUUCGACGCUGUCACGGCAUUAGAUUUCCAAGGCUUCGAAGUUGUGAUCAGAGACGUCCAAGGAUCUAGCAGAGGUAAGGAUUUUCGGGUUUCUGAUGCUGUGUUGGAGAAAGAGAAAGGCAAACCUGCUGGGCAAAUAUUUGGCUCGGGCUUUUUCUGGUCCGAAGCAGUUGACGCUGCUGCUGAUAUAUACAAUGGAUUCGUCUUCUGGUCGAUGUUGACGUCUCUCGGGCUUACCGUGUGGUACUUUCCACUUUGGCAUAUGGGCAUUUCAGGUUACGAGGUCAUGGUCAUGUGCACCAUCUCUCCUUUCUUGCUUUGCUCGUCAUCCGUUCGCUCCCUCGUCAUCAAAAACACUCGCUACGUCCAUCUUCUAUCUCUCACAGGCCUUUUGGCCUAUCUCGUCAAGACUCCGGAGUUUCGUCUGUUUGCUGUGGGUUUCGGUGUUUCGAUGACCUGCCUAGCCUGGUCAGCUACAUGGUACGCCGAAAGAUCCCAAGCUGCCCGCCUUGACGCACGAGUCUUAGCCUGGAGUAUUGGCUUGCUAGCCUCGAGUCUGACGAAGUUUGCUUCGCACACCAACAACCCAAUUUGGCCCAUUAUGCAUGCCGAGAACGGCGGCUGGAACAAAUUAGGCCUUUUCUUAGCAUUGGCAGCUAUUCUACGCUCGACUAGGCAAACCACAGACAACAGAGGGGGCCUCGAGACCAUGGGUAGCCCAGCCAGCUCUCACAUAUUAGCCGGCCUUGGUCUCGGUGGCUUGAUCUUUGGUAUGCAUUCUCUAUUGUCGGACUCUAGCACCAUGAUCCUUUGGGUUUGGGAAGGCUUUCCAGUCAGAGGGCCAAUCGCAGCCAAUGGAGUCAUUACGCUUCUUGCUAUGGGUGGUGGUGUACUCCUCUUCAUUUGGCUUCAAGAAAGAGCCUCAAGUUGGCGUAACUUCUCUCUGCUCGGUAGUGGAGCCUUUCUUCUCACAAACUAUAGCAACUGGACAGGUUUUUUUGGUGCCGUACUAAUGGCUAUCGAGUUGAUGUCCCUCGCCCCUUCUUUAAUUGGGUCAGCCGCUCGUCGCGGUCCUGCGGCGUUUGGCUUAGGAUUCUUGAUAUACAACAUUUUGGUGCUUGCACAUGUGUGGGUGGUUGCCUACGCCUUUGUACCUGGAGGACCUCUCAUGCGCGAGCACACCGACUGGGUCAUGACGGCAACUGUAGUCUUCAUCGGUGCGGGUAUCUAUACCAUGCCAGCAUCAAAGGAGAAUAUCAAGUCGCGCCAAAGAUCAAACAGGAAUGGGCGAAGUAGGUUCAAGUCCUACUACGUCUAUUCUCUAAUGGUCCUUGAACUGCUUGCUAUCUCCGUAUCCUACCUUCGCUUUCCAACCAACGACUAUACUCCCUACCAUAAAGAGGAAAAGGUCAUUACUGCGGGCGUUUGGACAAUUCACUUUUCCCUUGACAAUGAUAUGUGGUCUUCCGAGCGACGAAUACGCGAUCUGAUCAAAGAACUCGAGGUCGACGUGAUCGGGCUCAUAGAGACGGACCUUCAGCGAAUCAUCAUGGGCAACCGAGAUACCACUCAAUAUUUGGCCGAAGACUUAGGGAUGUACGUCGACUUUGGGCCGGGUCCAAACAAGCAUACCUGGGGCUCAGCACUUCUCUCCAAAUUCCCCAUCCUGAAUUCAACACACCAUUUACUUCCAUCACCGGUUGGGGAAUUAGCUCCGGCCAUACAUGCGACACUCGAUGCUUACGGCGAGCACAUUGAUGUUGUUGUCUUCCAUUCGGGUCAGGAAGAGGAUCCGGAGGACAGAAGACAGCAGUCUGAGUAUUUGGCAAAACUCAUGAAAGAAUCGCCGAGGCCUUUGAUCUUGCUGAGCUACCUGGUCAUCAAGCCGCAGGAAGGGAACUACAAUACCUAUGUGGGCGACAAGAGCGGAAUGAAGGACAUUGACCCAAGUGAUUGGGAUCGAUGGUGCGAGUAUAUACUAUACAAGGGCAUCAAGAGGUCAGGAUAUGCUCGAGUGAGUAGGUCGACUAUCACGGACACAGAGAUUCAGGUGGGCAAGUUCAUUGUUGGUGAAGCAGAAGGCAGCGAUGAACGGGUUCCGGAAGAACAGGUUGCUGAGGGUUUGCGAUUCCCUGCAAUGUUCCGAGGUGAAGGAGUGCGAGGUCAUCAAUACCACGUCUUUGACGAGCCGAGGUAUUACUAUUAG